UUGCCCUAAGAAGAGACAACGAAGCCCACUGCUCACAAUGAUUUCCGUUCAAGGUUAUUCACUAAACAGGAUGCAUCAGUGUGAGUGUUGUUUUUGGUGCCUGGAAUGCCUACGGACGAAUGCUUCUCCAUUCUCUGAGAUAAACUGGAUAUUUUCGUCUUAAAGUGAGUAGUAUGAAAGUGACGGGAUGAUGCGGGUGCUGAUUCUGAUGUUCUCCUCUUUUUUAAUCGUCGGCGGGAGCAGUCGAGUGAGCACUACCUGCACAGCCGAGGCUUGCCUUACAUUGCAUUUGGAGAAGGAACAAUUUGAAAGGGCUUCCAAAAACUGUAUCGACAAUGGAGGCAAACUGGUCACCAUGAGAAAUGAGGAUGAACUCCAGAGCGUUAAAUCUGCGUUUUUAGCUGCGGCGGCUGAGGAUGGCGAGAGAGAGCGCGUCUUUGGCUCCAAACUUUGGAUCGGACUUUCCUUGCAGAAAAAGCGCUGCACUGACUCCACGGAGGAGCUGCACGGCUUCAGGUGGACUUCAGAGCCAGAGGAUUCCCAAUAUUCCUACUGGAAGAAGAAACCUUUGAGGACGUGCACGGAAAAAAGAUGCGUGUCCAUUUCGCUGGCGGAUGAUUUCAGAUGGACAGACGGCUCGUGUCGAGACCGCGCGUUUUACAUGUGCAAAUUUCUUUCCAAAGGCAUGUGCAGACCUAUAGUGCUGGAAGAACGGAGUGAAGUCAAAUACAACCUUCCGUUCUUAUCAGAACCGCUCACUUUUAAUGAACGGAUGGUGAUGAUACCACAUGGGACAUGGGCUGAAGUACAGUGCGUCGGGUCGGAGAUUCCUAUUAUAUCAUUUUGCAGCAACCAAGAUGGUCCGUUUGACUGGACAAAUUCUGAGCGUUUUUGCACAGCGGAUAAAAGAAGUUGCGAGCUUAAAAACGGAGGCUGUGACCACCUUUGCUCGGUGACCGCAGAAGGAGGUGUUCGUUGUGAAUGUCGUGAAGGUUAUCACCUGAUGUAUGAUAAAGUUAGCUGUGCUGCCAAAGACAGCUGCGAAAAUUCACCUUGUGAGUUCAAGUGUGUACCGACAGUUACUGGUUACUCCUGCGCAUGCGCGGAGGGCUUUCGUUUGGCUGGAGACAACAUCAGUUGCGUCGAUAUCAAUGAAUGUCGUGAAGAUAUCUGCGGUGAACACAGGUGUCACAACACGCCUGGAAGUUAUCAUUGUGACUGUCAUGUUGGUUUCAGGCUCGUUGCUGGCAAAUGUGAAGACGUGGACGAGUGCACUGAACCCAGAUGUGAGCAGGGCUGUCUGAAUUCACAGGGCUCGUUCUCUUGCUACUGCCACGCAGGUUUCAUUUCAUUAUCUGACGAUAGAGGGAUUUGUAUUGAUGUCGACGAAUGUAUUCUUGGUAAACCAUGUGAAGACAUUUGCACCAACACUAUUGGUAGUUUUGAGUGUUCCUGCAGGGAACACUUCACUUUGGCUUAUAAUGGCAUCAGCUGUGUCCCGAACCCCACAGAGAAACCACAAAUUUCUCCAGGUCAUAGAGAAUCAAUCAUAACCAACUUGACUCGGUUACCUGACGGAUUUGGACUGACAACAGUAAACCCUGCUUCACUUAACAAGACAAACCCUAAAACAGACUCUAUUAAAUCAAGAACUUUCCUCGGAAGUUCUUGGAUUUUGGUUUGUGUCUUGGGUUCUGCGGUUCCAUUGAUUGUGCUCAUUGUGAUCACAUCGGCUUUUGUCAUCUACCGAUGGAAACGUUCAAGGAGAAACAUAUUGAAAAAUGCCACAGCUGACAACUACUGCUGGGUUUCAUCUGGGUUGGACAACGAGCGGAAAAAGAGCAACACGAGUAAUUACAGGCUAAAUAACGGCCAAAUACGAGCAUAGAUGCAGAUAUUUGAGUAUUGUAUGCACAAAGUUUGAUUCAGUGCACUGGAACAAGUUAAACUGUGUCUUUCAUUCAAAGUACAUUUUUGUAUUGGAUUACCCUGCUGAAAAAAAACUGAUUAAACUAGCAUAAGCUGGUUUUAGCUGGUUGACCAGCCUAGUUUUAGAGGGGUUUUAGCCAAUUCCAGCCUGGUCUUAGCUGGUCAGGCUGGAAAAUGACCAGCUAAAACCAACUUGACCAGCCUGAUCUAAGCUGGACAUACACCGUUAAAAGUGAAAACUAAUUUAAAGCUAAAUUACUUUGACUUGUUACAAUUAAAUGAAUUAAGUUUGACAAAUGUGAUUUAUGACAGUUUUCAGUGAUGAGUUAAGUUAGUUUUUUUAGGUGUAACAAGUUUUAGUAAUUAAUUAAGGCAAGUACAAGUAUUGUUCACUUGUACUUGCCACAAAACAUAAAAAUAUUAUAUUAGCAUGGGAAGGAAAUUAUUUAUACUGUAGUAAAAGUAUUAUUAUUUUUUUAUUACAUUAACAUACUGUAAAUUACUAAAACUUGUUAAACCUAAAGAACUAAAUGAUUUUUUUACUGAAAACUGUCAUAAGUUAGGUUUGUCAAACUUAAUUCAUUUAAUUGUAACAAGUCAAAGUAAUUAGUUUAAGUUUUGACUGGUUUUGGCUGGCUUUGACUGGUUUCCAGUCUGGCUAGGCUGAUUUUAGCUGGUCAUUUUCCAGCCUGACCAGCUAAAACUGUGAUGGAAAUGGCUGAAACCAGCUUGGAAAUGGCCAAAACCCCUCUAAAACCAGGCUGGUUGACCAGCUUAAACCAGCCUAACGGCCUAGGCUGGUUUAAGCUGUUUUUUAGCAGGGUAAGGGAAAAAAGGUUUCUUGCCUUAAUCUGUUUUAUUUAAUUUGCCUUAAAGCAAAAAAUCAACCCCCUAGAAAAAUUAAAAGCAUUAGGUUUUCUCAAAAAGUAGUAUUUUCACUUUAAACCAGCAGGUUACAUGUCAUCUGACUACAGAAAAAAAGCUUUAGGCCCACUGCUAUUCAGUUAUGUAUUUCUAAUGUGGAAAGUAUAAAUUUACUUGAAUUUAGGUUUUAAGUUGAACCAAAGUAAUUCAAUUAAUUCAUGGUCUCUAAAACUACAUUUAAGUCAAUGUAUUUUUUUUUUUCUCUUUGGGUCGGGUAAAUAGUUUGAUUAAUAUUAAAAUAUAGUUUAAACCAAAUCAAAACGAUAAUGAGGGAAAAUUAUAAAUUUAGCUUCAACAAAUUACUGUUUUUUUAAGUUGGUCCAAAGCAAAGCUAUACUUUUUUGUAAGGGUAAAAAGGGUGUAUCCAAAAUAAACAUUGAUGUAGAAGAGAUCUACAUUCUACCAAAGUAAAAAAUAGAAGGAAAAAAUACAGUCUACAUAGUAACAAUAUUUUUACUUUCUGUGAAUGCAAUUCUUUUCUUAAAAACAAUAUAUAUAUUUGAUUUAGAUUAAAUAAAAUUUUAAGGGUUAAACCAAAGUCACAUUAUACUUCAACCAUUAUACUUCAACAUAACUACUAAACUACAAAUACAUUUUUUAAGUUGGUUCAAAGUAUAAUUGUUUUCAGUGUGGCUCAUACACACCUGGCUGUAGGCACAAAGUUUGAUUCAGUGUUACACACUUGUCUGUAUUACACAGUUCAGACUUGUUAAAAUAAUUUUGUGCAUUUUGUUUAUCAAAUUUGUAAUUCUAGAAUUAUCAUUUAUCAUCCAUUACAUGUUGCAUAAAUAAGUAAACAUAACAAAACCACAUUACAAUGAAUGUAAGUAAACGUUUUUACCAUUUGUCUUAUUAAGUGCAAUUCCUGUGAUUACUGUUCUUUGUUUCUUAAUUGUGAUAGCCUAUAAUUUCACAAGAUAUUGAGAGUUUUAUUUGGACACAACUUUGUAUUUCUCUCUACCAAUAAUAAUGGAUUUUGUUCACAUUGUCUUUUAUCCAAGAGAUGUAUGUACUUAUGAUAAAUAGCUGUCAAAAAUGAAUCUAUCCUGAGACAUUAUUGGAGUAAAAGCACAAAAUUCAACUCCCCUUUGCUUUGCACACUUUAUUCACAAACGUGACUUAAUGUAAAUGUGUUAUCAUUUUUUUUUAUUUGAUUUACACAAUAUGUGCUAUUGGUUUUUUAAAAAUCUCUGUACAUUUUUGUAGCCUAAAUAAAGCUUCAUACAAGUGUU